CGCACUUCCCGGCGUCCUCUCCGAAGGCGGAAAAGCGGGGAGGAGGAGCGCAGCGCGUCCGUGCCACCAGCCGACGGGGCGGUUGCUGGCCUUCAGGGCAGGGUCUCCCCCGAGCCGUGCGCCAUGGCGUCGGAGGGGCCGCGGGAGCCCGCGGGCGAGGGCAUCAAGUUGUCAGCAGAUGUCAAACCGUUUGUCCCCAAAUUUGCUGGGCUCAAUGUGGUGUGGUCAGAGUCUUCGGAAGCUCGUGUGUUCCCUAGCUGUGCAGCCCCGUAUUAUGCGUGUGCUCAGGAGCUGCCGGGGCCUGAGCAGAAACUCUACACUGAAGAUGUGGCCUUUGGAGUUUCAGCUUUUCCACCUCAGUAUCUGUCCUCUGAGCUCGCCGUCCAUCCGUGCAGCUACUCUCCUUACCCCGUGGAGUCUACACCGCGCGUGUGCCCGGUGCCCGGCGCCCCGUAUGCUUACGGCCACCCCGGCUGUUACCGAGCAUUUCAGACCCUGAAGCCACGGAGCGAGCAGGUGUGCGCUGUCCCUCAAGGCACAAGAGCUGUGUUUGAGAAAAAAACGUAUGAUGAACAAAAGUUUGAUAGCAAGAAGGCUGACGGAUCUCUGCCAUCUGAUCUAAAAUCAGAAACGCCACUGUCCUUUGUACACCGGUUCCUGCGAGCAUGCUCGCUGAGAAGAGCAGAGGCCAGUGGGCUCCUGUGGGAUCCUGGAGGCCUCUCCCCCCCGGGGAAGGACCUGUUGUUGGGGAGGCUCCAUGAUGUGCCCUUUCCUGUGCAAAAACCCACUUGGCGAAUGGUUAUCACAGACGAACGGACAGGAAAUCCAGAAUCAUCGAGAAAAGUGCAUCUGCCUCCAAACCAGAGUUUGAAUUUACCAGGAUGGAUUUUCCUGAACUGCAGGGUCCAGAGAACAGGGAGAUCGCAGAGACACGGAAGCAGCCCCGGUGGGGGCCUCUGCGCUCCGCCUCAGCUGACCUCUCUCUCCUGGGAGAGGUGGGGGAACCCGCCACGGGGACAGCAGAGGGUGAAGGAGCGGCGAGAAGCCCGAGCGCGGCCGAGUCCGUGGCCGCUGGCGCCGCGGCCGGGCCCUCCUCGUGCGCCAGAGACAUUAUCUACAGAACGGCCACCGGCCCCUAAAAACGUUACUUCCAUGAUAAACCUAAAGACGGUUGCUUCAUCAGACCCCAAAAGCGCUAGUAUGUCACCCUCUGAAGUUUUCUCUGCGGACCCGUCCUGCAAAGAGAGACACGUCCACCCUACUAACAAGUCCAAAGCGUCACAAGGUGGCGAUCCUGAGCAAAAUGAAGCCUCAAGAAAGCAUAAGAAAAAGAAAGAAAAGUCUAAAUCGAAAUACGAAGUUUUGACCAUUCAAGAGCCGCCAAGGAUUGAAGACACCGAGGACUUUCCCAGUCUGGCUGCCGCAUCCGAGCGCAGGGACCGAGGGGCAUCUCCGCGACUUCAAUCCAGACAGCAGCCACAGAAUAAUUUUAAAAACAGUGGAAAGAAGAGCCAGGUUCCAGUACAGCUGGAUUUGGGGGGGAUGCUGGCAGCCUUGGAAAAGAAGCAGCACGCCCAGAGCGCAAGAGCGUCUUCCAAGCCGGUGGUGUUCUCAGUUGGGGCGGUGCCGGUUCUCUCCAGAGACCUCGCGUCAGGGAAGAAGGGCCACUUCAGCCAGGUGAAGACCCCACACAACCCCUUGGACUCCAGCGCCCCGCUGAUGAAGAAGGGGAAGCAGAGGGAGGUCCCCAAGGCCAAGAAGCCGACGUCAUUGAAGAAGAUUAUUUUGAAAGAACGGCAGGAGAGAAAGCAGCAGCGUCUCCAAGAAAACGCCGUGAGCCCGGCUCCUGCCAGUGACGCCGCGCUGGACGGAGAGAGCGGUGGCGACGAGGCCCUGGAACAAGCCGAGCCCUCAGAGGGGACGGAGGAGUCGGCGGCCCCCACUCCCACGGGGCAACGCAAGUCAGAAGAGCCGCCGAGAACCGAGCCCCAGAAGGAGGCGGACAGCCUCUGCCUGGUCCCCGACGGCGCUGGCUGCCCCAGGAUCCACAGCCGGAGAUUCCGGGAUUACUGCAGCCAGAUGCUGAGCAAGGAGGUGGACGCCUGCGUCACGGACCUGCUCAGAGAGCUGGUGCGCUUCCAAGACCGGAUGUACCAGAAGGAUCCGGUCAAGGCCAAGACCAAGCGCCGGCUGGUGCUGGGGCUGAGGGAGGUGCUCAAGCACCUGAAGCUCAGGAAGCUGAAGUGCAUCAUCAUCUCCCCCAACUGUGAGAAGAUUCAGUCGAAAGGCGGGCUGGAUGAUACCCUGCACACCAUCAUCGGUUAUGCCUGCGAGCAGAACAUCCCUUUCGUGUUCGCUCUCAACCGCAAGGCUCUGGGGCGCAGUUUGAACAAGGCCGUCCCUGUCAGCGUGGUGGGCAUCUUCAGCUACGACGGGGCCCAGGACCAGUUCCACAGGAUGGUGGAGCUGACGAUGGCCGCCCGGCAGGCGUACAAGACCAUGCUGGAGAACGCACGCCAGGAGCUGGCGGGGGAGCCUGGGCCCCCCGCCCCGGGCAGCCCGCCCCCGCAGGGCCCCCCUGCUCCUGCCGCCGGGAGAGAUGAGCUGCGCUACAUGGAAAUCUGGAGAGAACACCUAGAAGCCUACAGUCGGGGUGCCCUGGAGCUGGAGGACUCUCUGGAGGCUUCGACCUCGCAGAUGAUGAACCUGAACUUAUAGGAAGACUCCUCGGGGUGUGUUGUGUAUUUGGGGUGAGGAAGGGGGGUGCGGAAGACUCUGGGGCCUUCUUCACAGUUCUUCUUGGCCUCGUGUGUUCUGUGUGGCUGUUCGAUUGGGAGGCGAAUCUGAGAUGUGCAUCCCGGGGAUGGGUGUUCGGGUGUGCUGGCGGGAACCUUUCCAAAAAUUCCGAAGUCGUGGCUUUGGGUCUCUGAGCACGCGGAGUCUGGAAAGGACUGGAACGUGUGUGCUGCUCGGAGUUCUUUGCCGUGAAGGGACCGCCUCCGAUGUGGCAGAGCUGAGCCACGUUCGUUUGUGGAAGGAGCCGCGGGGUCACGGCCGGGCCGCUGUUCUUGGCCACUGCUCUUGGCCGCCGACCCAGCAGGGCCGCAAAGCAGUAGCCGGGCGGGGCGGGGCUGCUUUUGAGGCAGGGGACUUGCUGGGGACCUGGCUUUCUGGCUGGAAGAUGUGGGGAUACUUGGAGGAUUUGCUAAAAUGAGCCUCAGAGGGAAAAUUGGUUCUUUAAUCUGUGACCUCUUGAUAUGGAUUAUUCCUUUUUGUCUUUAUUUUUCAAAGAAGCGAUGUAUAUUGAAGUUCCUAAAUUUCAGUUUUGAUAAUCUACAAAUCCUUUCUUUCUCUCGUAAACGAACAUAUUGUGACCGUGGUUUCUGUCUGGGAGGCCAGCAGGAUGUUGCCCGCGUGCUCUCCUGUAGGAGGGCGUAUUUAUUUGGAAUAAAGAGUGAUGAUUUGAGAGCCCUGCA